GCGCGCCGGGAGGGCGCGAGGUCAGGGGGCUGGGGUCGCGCGUGGGGAUCGCUACCCGGCUCGGCCACUGCUGGGCGGACACCUAGGCGCGCCGCCGCGGGAGGAGCCCGGACUCGGGCCGAGGCUGCCCCGGCAAUGCGUUCACUCGGCGCAAACAUGGCUGCGGCCCUGCGCGCCGCGGGCAUCCUGCUCCGCGAUCCGCUGGCGUCCAGCAGCUGGAGGGUCUGUCAGCCAUGGAGGUGGAAGUCAGGUGCAGCUGCAACGGCUGCCGCCACAGAAACAGCCCAGCAUGCCCAGGGUGCAAAACCUCAAGUUCAACUGCAGAAGAGGAAGCCGAAAACUGGAAUAUUAAUGCUAAACAUGGGAGGCCCUGAAACUCUUGGAGAUGUUCACGACUUCCUUCUGAGACUCUUCUUGGACCGAGACCUCAUGACGCUUCCUAUUCAGAAUAAGCUGGCACCAUUCAUCGCCAAACGCCGAACCCCCAAGAUUCAAGAGCAGUACCGCAGGAUUGGAGGUGGAUCCCCCAUCAAGAUAUGGACUUCCAAGCAGGGAGAGGGCAUGGUGAAGCUGCUGGAUGAACUGUCCUCCAACACAGCCCCUCACAAAUACUAUAUUGGAUUUCGGUACGUGCAUCCUUUAACAGAAGAAGCAAUUGAAGAGAUGGAGAGAGAUGGCCUAGAAAGGGCUAUUGCUUUCACACAGUAUCCACAGUACAGCUGCUCCACCACAGGCAGCAGCUUAAAUGCCAUUUACAGAUACUAUAAUCAGGUGGGACGGAAGCCCACGAUGAAGUGGAGCACUAUUGACAGGUGGCCCACACAUCACCUCCUCAUCCAGUGCUUUGCAGAUCAUAUUCUAAAGGAACUGGACCAUUUUCCACUUGAGAAGAGAAGCGAGGUGGUCAUUCUGUUUUCUGCUCACUCACUGCCGAUGUCUGUGGUCAACAGAGGCGACCCAUAUCCUCAGGAGGUAAGCGCCACUGUCCAAAAAGUCAUGGAAAGGCUAGGGUACUGCAACCCCUACCGACUGGUGUGGCAAUCUAAGGUUGGUCCGAUGCCCUGGUUGGGUCCUCAAACAGACGAAUCUAUCAAAGGGCUUUGUGAGAGGGGGAGGAAGAAUAUCCUCUUGGUUCCGAUAGCAUUUACCAGCGACCAUAUUGAAACGCUGUAUGAGCUGGACAUCGAGUACUCUCAAGUUUUAGCCAAGGAGUGUGGAGUUGAAAACAUCAGAAGAGCUGAGUCUCUUAAUGGAAAUCCAUUGUUCUCUAAGGCCCUGGCCGACUUGGUGCAUUCACACAUCCAGUCAAACGAGCUGUGUUCCAAGCAGCUGACCCUGAGCUGUCCGCUCUGUGUCAAUCCUGUCUGCAGGGAGACUAAAUCCUUCUUCACCAGCCAGCAGCUGUGACCCCCGCCGGUGGACCCCGUGGCAUUAGGCAAAUGCCCAACCUCCAGAUACCUCAGAUGUGGAGAGGAUGUUAUUUAGAGAUCAAGGAAGGAAGUCAUCCUUCCUUGAUAUAUAUACAGCCUUUGGGUACAAAUUGUGUGAUUUCUUGAGGAUUGGACUCUUGAUGGAUUUCUAUUUUUAUAUAACUAUACAGUAAGCAUUUGUAUUUUCUCUUUCUAGGUAUAAGUUACUAGUUUGGAAUGUCCACUAGGACCUUUAAUAAAUGAGUUAAAAAUUUGUCUUAUGAGACACACCUAUUUUAAGUACAGAUUUUGGCUUUAUUGCCCAAAACCCUCCUGAAAGGGUACAGAGAGUCCCCUCUGUGGGCUGGCAGUGUGAAUGAGAUCUGUUUAGUCUCGUGCAUAUAGUUGCUGUUUUUUAAAUGAACAUAGUUGAGUAUUUGAAGUGAAUUUGAAAAAGAAAUGUUACUUAAUCUUUCCCUAAGCCCAUGGGUUACAGAAUGCUAGGGAGGCAAUUUGGUUACCUGCAAUGGCUGCUUUUGCCAGUGAGGCCACCAUUCAUUGGUCAUCUUCGUAUUUGUGUGUGAAUCUCACUUUCCUAAUGUAAAAAGGAAUCAAGUACGGAUUUCAGAAGUGCUCUGAGAUUCCCCAUACACCCAAGGCUAAUAAACGUGUACAAGUACAGUGUUCGUGAUACGUGCCUUGGUGGGAGUCCGCGGUGCCACAGGGAAGGGGCUCCCACUGCUUCUGGUCUCCAAGGACAGUGCUGCUGGAAAGGCUAAUGAUGAGCUUCACCCUGGAGCUCCUCCCGGGACUUUGCAAGCCUUUCCAUCCAGCAUCUUCUCUAUCUUAGUUGAAUGCCUUCUUUGUGCACAUUUGUUUUAAGAAUUAUUUUAUAAAGUCAACAAUACUUUGCUUGAAGUCUUUCUUAA